AUGAUUGGUCUCACUCGUCGUGGAUCAAAUACAUCGCAAGGCAAUCGAUCUGACGGAGGAAGUAAGAAAGGUAGUAAAAAUGGAGGUAGCGAAAGCGGUCGUGGUGGUGGUGAAACGGCCAGUCUUUUGAAGAAGUAUGGUGUUUGUGAAAAGGCUGCAAUCGGUAAAGGUGCUACAGCCGUUGUCCGAUUAGCGCACAAGUGGGAUCGCAGUACAGAGAAAUUGUAUGCCGUGAAGGAAUUCCGUAAACGAAGAAAGAACGAAACCGAAAAGGAAUACGUCAAAAAGUUGACAUCCGAAUUCUGCAUUUCUUCUACCUUGCAUCACGUCAACAUUGUUGAAACUGUCGAUUUGGUUCAAGACGAGAACAGACAUUGGUGUGAAGUGAUGGAAUACUGUCCUGGUGGAGAUUUGUAUGCUGCUAUCAAACGUGGUGGAAUGUCACAGGCUGUGGUCGAGUGCAACUUCAAGCAAAUUUUGAGCGGUAUCGGUUAUUUGCAUAGCAUGGGUGUAGCACAUCGUGAUAUCAAACCCGAAAAUUUGCUGUUAGAUGCAAGUGGACAUAUCAAGAUCACCGAUUUUGGUGUAUCUGACGUUUUCCGUAUGUGUUGGGAAAAGUCAACGCAUUACAGUAAAGGAUUGUGUGGAAGUGAACCUUACAUUGCACCCGAGCAAUUCGAACACAAGGAAUACGAUGCACGAUUAGUGGAUGUUUGGGCGGCAGCAGUUGUGUUUUAUUGCAUGCAGUUUCAAGAACUUCCUUGGCGAGUUGCCAAGAUGUCAGAUCCAACGUUCAAGGAAUUCGUUCAUUCUUACCACACAUCUACAUCACCGCCACCGUUAUCCAAUUUAUCGCCACGCGAAUGUCGACCAUUGCUGAAAAAGAUGCUCUGUCCUGAUCCAAAAGGACGUAUUAUGACGGAAGAAAUCUUUAAAGAUCCAUGGUUCAUGUCAAUCAAUGCGUGUGAAAAUGGAGUUUCCUCGGAUCACAAACAUCAAAUUGUACCCUUUACAGUGACAUCAACUUCGUAA